AUGAAGACCACGGAAAUAAAGAAGCCCUUUCGGAUGGAGGAUUUUCUGCGUCCGCAGCUUUUUCAGCAGAUGGCUCAGAUGGUUCACUUUCAGUGGCAAAGGAUUCCGGAGGACAACAGCAUGGUGAACGCGUCCAUGUGGCCCUUCUGGUUGUCGGCAAUCCUCAGCAUCGUGUUCUACGCUUGCAAUGGAUGGGACAUCAUAGGUCAUCUGUGGCUGGGACGACCUCUCAAUCAAAAUCCGCCCGUGCUUAGCAUCACAAUUUACUUCUCCAUCAGGGGACUAAUGCUCUAUCUGAAACGAAAGGAAAUUGUGGAUUUCGUUAACGACCUGGACCGCGAGUGUCCACGGGACUUGGCCGUCCAGUUGGACAUGCAAAUGGAUCAGACAUACCGUAACUUUUGGAAGCGAUACCGCUUUAUCCAGAUCUACUCCCACGUGGGUGGUCCGUUGUUCUGCCUAAUGCCGGUGGCCCUGUUUCUCUUGACCCACGAGGGGAAGGGAACACCAGUCGCCCUGCACGAACAGCUUCUUGGGGGCUGGCUGCCAUUCGGUGUGCGGACGGACCCAAAGUGGUACUUUAUGGUUUGGAUUUUCGACAUCACUUGCACUACUUGCGGCGUAUCCUUCUUUGUCACCUUUGACAACCUGUUCAACGUGAUGCAGGGUCACCUGAUCAUGCACCUGAACCACCUCGCCCGUCAGUUCUCGGCCCUUGAUCCCCGCCAGAGUUUAACCAACGAGGCGCAGUUCUUUUCGGAGCUCAGAUUAUUGGUUCAGCGACAGCAGCUCCUCAAUUGCUUGUGCGGCAGGUACAACGAAAUCUUCAAGGUGGCUUUCCUGGUUAGCAACUUUGUGGGCGCCGGCUCACUCUGCUUCUACCUCUUCAUGCUCUCGGAGACAUCCGAUGUGCUGAUCAUAACCCAAUACAUUAUACCCACCAUGGUCCUGGUGGUCUUCACUUUUGAGAUCUGUCUACGUGGCACGCAGCUGGAGGAGGCAUCGGAGGGGCUGGAGUCGUCGCUUAGGUGCCAGGAAUGGUAUUUGGGAAGUCAGCGCUACAGGAAGUUCUAUCUGCUCUGGACGCAAUAUAGCCAGCGGACACAGAAACUGGGCGCCUUCGGCCUCAUCGAAGUGAAUAUGGUGCACUUUACCGAAAUCAUGCAGCUGGCCUACAGACUCUUCACUUUUCUCAAGUCUUAUUAA